GAUAACGGUUUUGCGAAAAAAAUUAAGUAGGGUUUAGAGGGAAUGGGUGGCAAGGGAAGAAGACGAAGGGAGAAGAACUAUAGAGCCGCUCAUGGAGGCUACAACGUCCUCCCUCCUGCGCCUGAUGCUUCCAAAGUCGACGCUUUGCCCUCAAAACUUCGCCAGAUCAUCUCUUUUACUUCUUCGUCUCAACGAGAUAUCAAACAGCACAAAAAACGGGAGGGUGACAAUGCCCAAUCUUUAAAGGACAAGGUUCAAGCCCAACCCUCAGAUGUUAGACGAAGGGAUAUUGAUGCACAAUUGCAGGCACCUCGUCAUAAAGAUAGUAGUGAUGAACAACUUAGCAAGAGUAGUAGAAAUGAAAAGAACAAGAAAAAAAGAAAGAGGAAGGAGGUUAAAGACCUGAGGUUUGAAAUGGAAGUGGAUAAAACAAGAUCCCAGGUUAAGAGACGUGAACGUAAGAAAAAGUAUUUGGAAGCAAAAAAGAAGCACAAAAAGAACAAUCCAGAAGAAAAAAUGGAUUUUCCUGGACACGAAGAAAUAAAAUUUGGAGAUAUUGUUGAGGCCCCACCGAAGUUGAGUGUUAUUCCUAAGGCAUUUAAGAACCCCCAAAAUGCUUCACAAGAGAGACUUAGGCUCCAAGCUAUAGAGCAAUACCGAAGUCGUAAGGGAUGGAUUUCAAGGCCAGGAAGUCACUUGCCUCCACCGGUGACUACAUCAACACUAUAAACCACUUUCAGCAUCUUGUCACACAUACUCAGCUUAAAUGAUGCGUUGGUGUCUGCUAGCUGCAUACCGUUGCUGUUAGAUGUGUUGUAAUGGAAUGCUUUAAGGUAAAUGAAUGAGGCGACUUCUCCUUUUUUUAGGUUGGUUUAUUCUUGUAAUGAAUGUUCAUGCUUUUCAAUAUAUAAUGACUUGGAAGAGUAAA